ACGGUGGACCCCUUCCGCCUGGAUCGCCAUUAUGAUCUAGUGCAAGCACACUUCCACUGGGGACCAACAAACGCGCAAGGAUCUGAGCAUGCUCAAUUUGGAAACUAUGGGCCCUUAGAAAUGCACUUUGUUCACAAGAAUAGCAUCUACGCCGACCUAGAAGCAGCAAUUUUACAAACCGAUGGUCUUGCUGUGUUUGGAGUUAUUUUUGCGCUGCAAAAUUCUGACAAUCCAAAACUUGACAAAAUCGUUAACCAAUUGACCAGCAUACCUAAUCCAAGUUCGAGCGCAGCUACGCUUGACUCCGACGCAAUGGUCUGGCUCGACGAUGUUUUGUCCACAUUCAGAUACUACAACUAUCCAGGCUCUUUGACCACACAUGACUGCAAUGAAGUCGUUAACUGGAUAGUCAUGCAUAAGACCAUCGGUAUAUCCGCAGCUCAGGUGCAGAAAUUUAGAACAUUGCUGAAUACAGAUAACGUUCCCAUCCCUGAAGCAAGGCGCGAUGUGCAAAAUUUAAACGACAGGGUGAUUAUGUGCGCCCGCGGUAGCCUUAAGGCUCCAUGA